CCCGCAUUCUACGGCUGAGACGUUAGGGUUUAUGAAGCUUUUUGGAAUCAAUGUGAUCGGAUUAGAUCACAGUCGUAGAAGUUUGAGCAUGUAUGGUAACAGCGUGAGGUCAAACAUCUUCAAGCCGAUUAAAGCGGAGAAUGACUCUGGCGCGUCUUUGGUUAAUGAUUGUGCUGAAUAUUCUGGUAAUAAUAUCGGCCAGAUGUCAAAUAUAGGGAAAUCGACAAACAUUUUGUGGCAUGGAACUCCAGUUCAGAAACAUGAUAGACAAAGGCUACUUCAGCAAAAAGGCUGUGUCAUUUGGUUAACUGGUCUUAGUGGAUCAGGGAAAAGCACUCUAGCCUGUGUUUUGAGUCAAAAUUUGCACUCCAGAGGAAAACUGGCUUAUAUCCUUGAUGGGGAUAAUGUUCGGCAUGGUCUAAACAAAGAUCUUAGUUUUAGAGCUGAAGAUCGUUCAGAAAACAUACGAAGGAUUGGUGAGGUAGCAAAACUCCUUGCAGAUGCUGGUGUUAUUUGCAUUACGAGUUUAAUAUCUCCGUACCGAAAGGAUAGGGAUGCUUGCCGAGCACUACUUUCGAAGGGAGAUUUUAUUGAGGUUUUCUUAGAUGCGCCCCUAGACUUGUGUGAAUCAAGGGACCCAAAGGGACUCUACAAGCUUGCCCGAGCUGGGAAGAUAAAAGGUUUCACAGGAAUAGACGAUCCAUAUGAACCACCAUCUAGUUGUGAGAUAGUAUUACAGCAGAAAGGAAGUGACUGUGCUUCUCCGGGGGACAUGGCAGAAAGAGUGAUAGCAUAUUUGGAGGACAAUGGUUACCUGCGGGCCUAAGGGGCCUUCCUUUCUUGUUUGUUACUGUCAUAAUAUUUAUUUGUAAUAUUGACUGCAGCAAUAAAGCUAGCUGCAAGGAAAUAACUGUUUCCCGCAA